AUGUUGUGGCUAGCGGUAUUGUUUGGUUUGGCUCUGGCUACCAACCAGGUACUCGGAGAGCAAGUAACUCCAGGAUUCUUGGAAAACAUCGACAAUAAAGAGGCAUGGGACGCUCGAAUCGUAUCAGGCUGGAAGGCCUAUCCCGGUCAGCACCCUCAUAUGGUUUCUUUGCGUAUGGUGAAUAAUGUGGGAACCGUUCAAGCCUGCGGAGGCAGUAUCGUUUCCCGUCAAUGGGUCAUCAGUGCAGCGCAUUGUACAGCAAGACAAGUAACGAUCCUCGUUCGGGCCGGUGUUACUAAUUUAACUCGACCAGAAUUUUUCACAGAAACACAGGAAUAUUAUAUGUAUCCAACUUAUAACCCAACAAAUCCAGGUCUUGUUCAGCCUAAUGAUAUAGCUAUGGUAAAGUUGCAGAUUUCAUUAACGUAUUCACGGCCCACAACUGAACAUCUCCUCUGGGUCUAUCUUCGUGGAGUCUCAAAUGCUGCAUGCACAAAUAUAUUUACCUCAAAAUACGUCACUGAAAACACCAUUUGCGCCAAAUUCUUCAAUGUUACCUCUCAAUCAAUUUGCCAGGGUGACAGUGGUGGACCUUUAGUACAUGUUUCUUCAGAUGAUGUACAUACCCUCGUAGGAGUGAGCUCCUUCGUGGCAAGCGCACCUAUCGGCUGUCAUUCAGGAAUACCCGGAGCUUUCAUUCGUCCUGGACCUUUCCAUUCUUGGUUCACCCAAAUUUCUGGUAUUGAUUUUGAGAACCCUGUAGAAGAUGAAACAACUACUACGCCUACUUCCACAACCACAGCCGCACCAACGACUACAGCUUCUCCGACUACUAUUACUUUCGCUCCGUCUACAACUUCUACUUCGGCCCCUUCUACAACUAGUAGUAGCACUUCCGCUCCAUCUACUAUUACCUCUACCUCAGCCCCUUCUACCACUAGUAGCAGCACUUCCGCUCCGUCUACUACUACCUCCACCUCAGCCCCUUCUACCACUAGUAGCACUUAUGCUCCGUCUACCACUACUCUGAGCCCUAUCACUACAACUGCAGCACCUUCUACUACUACUUUAUCACCUUCCACUUCCUUGGCCCCCACAACACCUACCACACCCGCACCUGAAGAAGAAGAAGAGGAAGACGAUCCAGAACUAGAGGACCUUCUCAAAAGAUUAGAAGUGAAAGUAAAAGUUAGGGUCAGGUUAAGUAAAUAUUUAAAGAAGAAGAAGCAAUUACAAGAGAAAUCCCUUUAA